CGUCGAUGUUGUUGAUAAAUGUCAGAUGACUACCUCCAAUGAUCGUAUGUUAUUUAGGGAAGUAUGGAAGAGUGUUCCAGCCUGAGGUCAAGUGAUUCAGCAGGUACCAGCGAAGAAUAUGAAAUUGUCGAGAGUCUGGCAGCCCAAGACUCUGAGCCACAACUGAACAUUGCCAACAACGGCAACAUGGAAGACCUACAGCAGGAGCUUACAGAGGUAAUGAGAGAGAAGAGUUCAGAAAGCUCCUCUCCAAACAGCAUGGAUUCGAGCACAAAAUUCUGCACAAAGAAGGAUGAGGAUUCCUCUUGCUUCUCGCUGCCCAUCCUAGAAACUCAGGUGUCUCAGGUCUCAACGCUCAGUGAGGACGCUUGUAAUAAUCAAGAUGGCAGGAUAGACGACAGGAACCUUGGGGAAAAUAAUCCAAGUUUUUCUCAAGUAGCUUCAGAUGAUGAUAUGGAGAGAGUUCAAACAGAGGAUGGCAGUGGGGACUACACAAUAUUCAACAGGGUGACAUAUUUGGGGGCGGCCUCAAUUAAUGCCCCUAGAAGUGAGGCGGAGAUUCAGAGAAAUAUGGCAAUACUCAACGCUCAAGCUCAGGAACAGGCUCUGGAAGUCUCUGUUUCAGUUCCAUCAAAUUCUGAAGGCUAUGUCAUAAUUUAUGAUGCCACCACAAGCACAGAGAUGACUCGCUUCAAGAUACACCGCAUCCUCUUCUGUGCCCGGGGGAAAGUAGACACGUCAGAAGCGCGGUGCUUUGCCUUCACCUCUUCUCACGGAGAUACACAAGAAACGGCAAUAUUCCAGUGCCAUGUUUUCCGUUGUCAAAUUCCUGAAGCUGUUGCCCGUGUGUUGAUAACCUUCGCUGCAGCGUUCAGAAGAGUGCCCAGGAGUAAGCUGGUGAAGAAGGAAGAGGAGCUCUGCCAAAACAGGCAACAGGCAGAUCAGUCUCACCUUUUUGAUAUAUCCUUGGAGAUUAAAGAGGAAGACAGUAAGGGAAACUUCAACACUGUGCCGAGAGACAAAGAAUUUUUCAAGCUACGUAGCAGUACUGAGAAGCAGUUGGUUUUGACAGUGACUCCAGCUCCCCCCAGCACCCAGAGCAACACUGCACACACAAACACAGAUGAACUUGCUGUGGAAAGAUGUUUUGGUCUUCUUGUAGCCUCGGGAAGGAGAGUCACACACGCUGAUAUGAAUCUGUUGGAAAUGGAAGUUGUGGCUGAGAGUGACAGCAGCAGAAACAUCCAUCAUUUGGAUGGUAAAUACUGCAAAAAUCUUCAGCUGCAGGAACAGACUGACAACCAUGACAAAAGAAAGGGGCAGGUGUCAAUGGGAAGUAACGUAAAUGACAAGAAAAGUUAUGUUAUAUCUGGUCACUGGGACCCAAGCGAUCCCGUGUUUGCUGUACUUAACCAGGAGACUCCCAGGGACCGCAGAGUCUUCAUGACAGUUGCCAUAGAUCUAGUCAUAAGAGGUAUUCAAGAACCCGUUCGUUUUGUAAUUGAAACCAAAGUCAGAGUUUACCCUCAAAAUGAGCGAUUCUGGUACUUCAGCAAGAAGCCACUUGUCCACCUCUUCUCUCUUAAACUCAAACAGUUUAUUUCCUUUCAGGUGGAACACUCUCCCCAGGGUGACCAGCAGUAUGUUGUAACAAGUGUAGAUAAUUUAGGGGAGGUGGAGCGUUGGCGCCCCUCAACAAUGUCACUCUCCCUCAACCUCUCCUCAUUAACAACGUCAACACUCUCCUCUCUCUCCACCGGCCGCUCCCCAUCCAUCGCUUCCAUUGAGACUCCAGGCUGCGAUGAAGAUACAGAUGAUGACGAGCCUUUAUUAAGUGGGUCUGGAGAAGUGUCCAAGGACUGCCCUCAGGGGGAGCUGGACAUGUGGAGACAGGUGCUACCUAAGUUGCAGGCAGCACCCCAGCAGCUGCCUAAGGGUGUCUCGGGGCUGGUGAAGCGUGGGAUCCCUGAGGCCCUCCGAGGUGAAGUGUGGCAGUUGUUGGCUGGCUGUUCAGAUGAUGUGGACAUGAUGGAGACAUACAGAGUACUUAUAACAAAGGACUGUGCCAGCGAGCAGGUAAUCCUCCGAGACAUCAACCGUACAUUCCCUGCUCAUGACUACUUCAAAGAGGCUGGGGGCAUAGGCCAAGAUGCUCUGUACAAGAUCAGUAAAGCUUAUGCUGUCUACGAUGAAGAAGUGGGCUACUGCCAGGGCUUAUCUUUCCUGGCUGCGGCUCUCCUCCUGCAUAUGCCAGAGGAACAGACAUUCUGUGUACUAGUCAAGAUAAUGUUUGAAUAUGGCUUAAGAGAUUUGUUCAAGGAUGGCUUUGAAAUACUCCACAUGAGAUUUUACCAACUUGCCAAGUUAAUGGAGGAACAACUGCCAGAGUUGUGGCUGCACUUCCAGGACCAGGGAGUCGAGAUCCACAUGUUUGCCAGCCAGUGGUUCCUCACACUCUACACUGCCAAAUUUCCCUUGUUCAUGGUGUUCCACUACCUUGAUCUGUUCUUGCUCACCGGCAUAGACUCAGUCUUCCAGGUGGCACUUGCUCUGUUGCAGAUGUCGAAGAAGGAGCUCCUGUCCUCAGACUUCGAAGGAAUUCUCAAGUAUUUUCGAGUUUCCUUACCCAAGAAAUAUCGGAAUGAAGAUGUUGCCAGACAGUUAUUCAAGAUAGCUACUUCUCUCAAGGUUAAGAAGUUAAAGAAGUAUGAGAAAGAAUAUCUGGCCCUCAAAGAACAAGAGGCCAUGCAGGAGGACCCUGUGAUACGCCUGGAACGUGAAAAUCGUCGACUCCUCGAUGACAACAUGCGGCUUGAACGUGAAAAUGAUGACCUGGCCCAUGAGCUUGUUACCAGCAAGAUAAACAUGAGGCACAGCAUGGAUAAGCUUGAAGAUAAAUGUGAUAGUCUAAACAAGGAAGUAAAAAGCUUGAACUCCAUGUUGUGUGAUGCUGAGGAUGAGAAGAAGCGGCUCCUCCUAGAAGCCAACCAGGUGAAGGAGCUCUUGAAGCGUGAAGUGGAGAAGGGCGAUGUAGAAGCUCACAGAAACGGGGCCAUCAUCGCUGACUAUAAGAAGAUCUGCUCCCAGCUCUCCGAGAGAUUAGACAAAGAACAGGCUGCCAAUACUCAGACUAUUAAUAUGUAUAAGGCUAAAGUAUCUUCGUGUGAGAAGUGUAGUGGUAUUCUGUCACCUGUCACGGGACCACCAGGAGAGCUGGGAAUUGAUGAAUCUCCUGUUGCAACCAAGCUUAACCAGCAGGUCCGUGAGCUGGAGUUGGAGCUGGCCCAGACCAAAUUAGCACUGGUAGAGUCUGAAUGUAAAAACCAGGAUCUGACACAUCAGUUGAAUACAGCCAUGACAGAGUUACAGGCUACAAAAAGUACUUGGUUCCAAAAGACUCUCACUUCAAUCUCUUCGUUAAAGGAGCGCACUGCCUCUACAGGCGGCAUUGUGGUUACUAGCACUCACAGCAGCGGUGGUGUGGGCAACAGUGGACUUCAGCGUCAACACAGCAGAGACAGUAACCCAGAGAAAAUGUAGAUGUCCAUAUAUGUUCACAGAGUCUUAGAUAUAAGUGUGUGUUACAAAAUAAAGAAAGCUUAAAUUGUGAACAUUGUGGAGAGAUGGAUGUGGAGAUAAUUGAAUCAAAAGUAACUGCUCUAUAAGUAAACUCCUAGAAAACUGAUGUGAAAUUACAAAUUAAAAAGAAAAAAUUUCAGUUUCUGUAAACAAAUUUGAUUUUUAUGGAAGUAUUUUUAGUGGAAAUAAACAUGUUAAUAAUAGUAUUUUGUGGUGAUACAUAUGCAUAUUAUGAUAAAACAACACCAGUAAGGAUGUUAUGUUGCUACAGUGAUAAUAUAAUUUGGUUUUCUUUUUUGGGAAAGGUACUAAUUUGGAAUUUGCCACAUUAAAAAAUAUAAUUAAUUUUACACAAAGGUACAGAAAGAGCUGAAAGUUGCCCUAGUCUUUUUACACUUCUUAUGUAAAUAUGGAAUAUUACCCAUGUACUGUAUCUUUAUGUGUGUGAAAGCUGCAGCUAAUUACAAGUAUUACAUAAAUAUAUAUAUGUGUGUGUGUGUGUGUGUGUGUGCGUGCGUGCGUGCGUGCGUGCGUGCGUGCGUGCGUGCGUGAGUGAGACUUAAUUGCCUAAGUAGUAGCCAUUCAUAAGUAAUCACAAGAUUCUUUGUGAUGCUGUUAAAAAGACACUCAUUACUGCUCCUCAUUGUACUAUGUUUUAUUUUUUUUUUUU